CGGCGCCACCAUAAUAAAUUAAUAAUCUCCUUAUCUAAUACUAUCCAUUGUUUGGAUCGGUGCUUUCACUGAACAGUGGAGCGGAGCAGUCAUGGCAGAUUCAGAGCCCACAGCUCAAACUGAGAUUGUUGUGUAUGAUGAGAGGAGGCUCAAGUACCUCGAGUUCGUUGAGAUGGUGGUGGCCUAUGCGGCAGUCUGCUGCCGCAGCCUCUAUGAGUUCGCAAAGGCGAAUGCUGGCCCGCUCCAGUCAGGCGUGCAAACCAUCGAGGACACCGUUAGGACCGUCCUUGGACCGGUAUGGGAGAAGUUCCAGGACGUCCCUUUCGAGCUCCUCCACUACAUCGACCGCGAGGUUGAUGAGUACGUGCACGACUUGGAGAGGCACAUGCCUUCACUUGUCAAGCAAAUCUCCGGACAGACCCGGGCCAUAGCCGUGGAGGCCCAUCGUGCUGGGGCCGUUGAUGCCAUGAUGGGCUUUGCAAGGUCCGUGUUUGAGACCUGUGAACCAGUGGCUAAGAAGCUAUACGUGCGGUAUGAGCCGGUGGCGGAGCAGUAUGCUAUCUGGGCCUGGCGGCAUCUGAGCCAGCUUCCUAUGUUUCCCGAGGUGGCCCAUAUGGUGGUCCCGAUGGCGGCUUAUUGGGUCGAGAGGUACAAUGAGGGGGUCUGCUAUGGCACCGAAAAAGGUUAUGCGGCGGCGAGUUAUAUGCCACUAAUCCCGAUCGAUAGGAUUGCUAAGAUCUUUGAGGAGGCCGAGCGCGGACAAGAGGUCGUCCCGGUGAAUGGGGACGUGGGCUUGGCCCAAUAAAAGAACCAGGACGAUUUCCCUGGUAGGGAUCAUCGGCAAAUGUUUUCCAUAUAUUUCCUUUCCUUUUCAUGGAUUCUUUCAUCCCAGCUAUGUGGAGGUCGAAACCGAUCGAUCUUCGAGUGUUGGGUAUAAGCGUGAUGCGUCAUGACUCAUGCUCGGUCUUUCUAGGGCUCGCUAUGAACUUCAAUAUGGCUUUUUUUCUUUUUCUUUUUUAUAAGUAGAUACGAUAUUUUUCUUAGAUUUUUUUUUGUCAAGAAGUUAUUCGGGAGAGUUGGAUAGCCAUAUACUUUAACAGAAUUAGAGAAACAAUUGAGUGUAACUCCUAAAUAUAAAUUUGGUUGAGCUAUUUCCUUUCAUUUUAUCGGCCACAAAUCAGUGGAGCCUUCUAAGGCAAAAGCAGAAACCAUAAUAACAUGUAAACUUAGAUUUUUUAA